AUGGCCACAGCCAAAGCUAAGCCGAGAAAGAAGUUGCGCAUCCUUCUCAUGCCCUUCUUUGCUACCAGCCACAUCGGCCCCUUCACGGACCUCGCCUUCCACCUCGUCGCGGCCAGGCCUCACGACGUCGAGGCCGCCGUUGCAGUCACUCCGGCAAACGCCUUGGUCGUCGAGUCAGCUCUCGCCCGGGGUGGCGCCAGUCAUCAGGCCACGGUCAAGGUGGCCACCUACCCGUUCCCAUCCGUGGACGGCCUUCCACCGGGAGUGGAGAACCACUCCACGGUCAAGGCCACCGACGCCUGGCGCAUCGAUUCCGUCGCCAUGGAUGAGAAGCUGAUGCGGCCAGGGCAAGAGAGUCUCAUCAGGGAGCACUCGCCGGACCUCGUCAUCACCGACAUACACUUCUGGUGGAACGUCGAUGUCGCCACUGACAUCGGCGUGCCAUGCGUCACGUUCCACGCCAUCGGGACCUUCCCAACGCUGGCCAUGUUUAACUUGUCUGCUGCCGGUGCCAUCGACGCCGGCGGCGGCGUGGUGACUCUUCCGGGGUUUCCACCGCCAGAAAUUCAGGUCCCAACCACCGAGCUACCCGAGAUGCUUAGGAGGCAACAAAUGACCGAUGGUCGUGCCACAGGCAACCCAGUAAGCUCAGCGCACAAGCGAUGCUUCGGACUUGUUGUUAACACGUUCUUUGAUUUGGAGCACAGGCACUGUGAGAUGUUCGUAGGCAAUGGUUACGUGAAGCGAGCCUACUUUGUCGGGCCCCUGUCAUUGCCGUCACAGCAGGUGGCAACCAGCGCCUACGACUCACGGUGCAUCGACUGGCUGGACAAGAAGCCAUCCAAGUCUGUGGUGUACUUAUGCUUUGGGAGCUUGACUCACGUCUCAGAGGACCAGCUCCGUGAGCUUGCUCUUGGGUUAGAGGCCUCUGAGAAGCAAUUCCUGUGGGUGAUAAGAUCGGAGACAUGGGUGCCACCAGAAGGGUGGAAGGAGACUGUGAUACUGGCGCACCCUGCGGUGGGUGUGUUCGUGACGCAUUGCGGGUGGAAUUCGGUCCUGGAAACGGUGGUGGCUGGCGUGCCGGUGCUGACAUGGCCUAUGGUGUUCGAGCAAUUCAUCACAGAGAGGCUCGUGACGAAAGUGCUGGCAAUCGGAGAGCGGCUGUGGCCAGAGGGUGCCGGGGUGAGAAGCACGAGGUCUGAAGAGCAUGAGCUGGUCCCUGCUGAGGCAGUGGCACGAGCGCUGUCCAUGUUUAUGGAGCCCGGAGGGGCUGGGGAUGCAGCGAGGAGUAGAGUCAAGGAGCUCUCAGCGAAGGCUCGUGCAGCCAUGGCGGAACGCGGCUCUUCCCACCGUGAUCUGCGCCGCAUGAUUGAUGAUCUCAUGGAAGCAGGAACGGCUGUUGCAGGGCCAGUUCUUUCCAUUUGA